CUUUGCAAGAGCGACUGAGCGUUGCACUUUCCUUUUUUUUGAUAUCUCGUAUCGUUUUGUUCAUAUCUAUAAUCUUUGGCUACAAACACGACCAUGUGCAUCCGGUUCUCGUGACCAUGGCGGCUCCUGCCGUUGUUGCUGAGCCUUCCACCGGGGAAAACGUGUCGGAAUCUGCUAAUGGACCCACGGAAAGUUUCACAGAUGUCCAGAAACGACCGCAGUUCGGCACUCGGUUCCUGACAGACCCACGACAGGUUUUUCAACACAAUGCAUGGGAUAACGUGGAGUGGACAGCAGACCAGGAGGCUACUGCCCAGAAAAAAGUGCAGGAAAACAGUCAGCCUCUCCCUGCAGAAAAACAAGAGGAAUUUGACAACAGAGCCAAUGAAUACUGGAAUGAUUUCUACACCAUUCAUGAGAACCGAUUCUUCAAGGAUCGCCACUGGCUUUUUACAGAGUUCCCUGAGCUGGCCCCUCAACAAAAAGCUUCACAGGUUACCAGAGAGGAGGGAAGCACAGAUAAUGAACCUAAGAACUUGUUAAAUGGUGAACAUGUUACUUCACCCCAUGGUGAGAGUACAUUUCCUGGAGCCUCAUCAUCCUAUCGGAUCCUUGAGGUAGGCUGUGGAGUGGGCAAUACUGUGUUUCCCAUCUUGAAAACCAACAAUGACCCAGGACUCUUUGUUUACUGUUGCGAUUUCUCUGGCACAGCUGUUGAUCUUGUCAAGUCGAAUCCAGAAUAUGACCAAGCACGCUGCCACGCAUUCGUCCAUGAUAUGAGUGAGCUGUCUGCAGAGUAUCCAAUGCCAGACCAGAGCCUAGACGUCAUUGUCCUCAUAUUUGUGCUGUCUGCUUUGCAUCCUCAAAAGAUGCAAAAUGCUAUAAAUAGAUUAGCACAAUUGCUGAAGCCUGGUGGAGUACUUUUACUGAGAGACUAUGGCCGCUACGACAUGGCACAGCUUCGUUUCAAAAAAGGGAGGUGCUUGUCUGAAAAUUUUUACGUAAGAGGGGAUGGAACACGCGUCUAUUUCUUCACACAAGAUGAGCUGCAUGAUCUUUUCUCCAGUGCUGGAUUGGAGAAGGUGCAGAAUAUGGUGGACCGGCGCUUACAAGUCAACAGAGGAAAGCAGCUGACCAUGUACAGAGUUUGGGUACAAUGCAAGUAUCGCAAGGCUCUGGCACCCACUUAAAUUCAUGGCUGUUGUUGGCCAGAUUUGGCUGUGCUGAGUGCUGAAGAAAUGUUCAGUCUCAUGCAGUCUGCUUGAAAAGGAUGUUGAAAGACUUUAGGUCCCAUGACGCACCAGUGGACUCCUAACUGCCCAUUCAUCACAUUAACUUAUGUUUUUAAAUAUGUUUAUUUUAAUUUUACAAAUAAACAAGGAUGCUGUUGAACAAACGUUAAAGCUGUUUUAAGUAUCAACCUCUCCAAUAGGGCUGCACGAUAAAUCGC